GAGGGGGCACCCUAAAGUAGCAGCCCCAGGCAGCCCAGCCCAGGCAGAGUAGCUGGGGCUGCACAGUAGACAGACCUGAAGAAAGGACAGCAGUUGGAGCUCAGGCCAGCCAUGGGACUCCACAGGAAACAGUCCGUGCUGCUGCUGCCCCUGUUGUUGCUGGUGACUUGUGUCCAGCCUGGGACAGGUCUGGAGAGCAUUAAAUAUGUCCCCCAGCUCCCCAGUGCCACCCUGGAGGGGAAACUCACACAAUCUACCUUCACGCUGGAGCAGCCCCUGGGCCAAUUCGAGAAUGUCAACCUCUCUGACCCAGACCCCAUCUGGCUGGUGGUGGCUCACAGCAACACCGCCCAGAGCUUUACUGCCCCACGGAAGGUAGAGGACGCGCACGCCCCUGCCAACUUUGACCGCAAUGGCUACUACCUCACGCUGAGGGCCAGCCGGGUACACUACAAGGGUGGCCAUCCUGACAGCGGGCUCCGAGUCCUCCGUGUUGGGAAUGACAACAACUGUUCCUUGGAGUCCCAGGGCUGUAACUCUCCUUUGCCGGGGGCAGGCCCCUACAGAGUGAAGUUCCUGGCGAUGAAUGCCAAGGGACCCGUGGCUGAGACGAUGUGGUCCAAGGAGAUCUACCUGCAGCAAGCCCAGACAUUCCGAGGAGCUCCAGGGUCCCAGAGCGAGGGGACUGUGGUCAUCAUUGCCUUCUUGUCAAUCCUACUGGCCAUCCUGCUUGCGGUCUUCCUCGUGCUGGUCAUAUCCGCUUGCUGCUCGAGCACUUCCGCGUCCAGCCUAGAGGAGCAAGUGCGCAUGCGACGAUAUCACACGCACCACGUGGGCAGCCUCCCGGCCGAGAGGAGCUCCUGAGAGUUUUCAAGGGCUUUCUCCAGGGGCCAAGUGCUGAGCCUGAGCUGGGGCCCGCCUGGAAGCUUCUGGAACCCUAGGGAAAUGUUUUCAGUUCACAGCUUGGGCUAGGCAGUCUUUAUCAGAAAUAAAUGUCUCGGGUCCUUUGUACUUUAACUCGCAUA